CUCCUCCUUCUUCUUCUCCGAUAAAUCAUUCUUCUUCUUCUCCUUCUUCUUCUUCCUCCUCCUCCUUCUCGUCACUCUCCCCUCUUCACCACCACCCACAUCAUCACAGCACAAUGGCCUCAAGAGCUUUCUCCAAGACCCUGCGGGCGCCCGCUGCCCGCCAGCUGAUUGCGCCCCGCGUCGCCCAGCGCUCCUACAUGGUCGCCCGAGGCGCCACUCGUGCCGUUGCUGCUGCUCGUCCGGCUCUGGCUGGUGUGUCCCAGCAGCAGGCUCGCGGCCUCAAGACCGUCGACUUUGCCGGUGUCAAGGAGGAGGUCCAUGAGCGUGCCGAUUGGCCCCAGGAGAAGCUUCUGGAGUACUUCAAGAACGACACCCUCGCCCUCAUCGGCUACGGCUCCCAGGGCCACGGCCAGGGCCUCAACCUGCGCGACAACGGCCUCAACGUCAUUGUCGGUGUCCGAAAGAACGGCAAGUCAUGGAACGACGCCAUCCAGGACGGCUGGGUCCCCGGCAAGAACCUGUUCGAGGUUGACGAUGCCAUCUCCCGUGGUACCAUUGUCAUGAACCUCCUCAGUGAUGCCGCCCAGUCCGAGACUUGGCCCUCCAUCAAGCCCCAGCUGACUGAGGGCAAGACCCUGUACUUCUCCCACGGCUUCUCCCCCGUCUUCAAGGACCUCACCAAGGUCGAUGUCCCCAAGAACAUCGACGUCAUCCUUUGCGCUCCCAAGGGCUCUGGCCGAACUGUGCGCUCCCUCUUCCGCGAGGGCCGUGGCAUCAACUCCUCCUUCGCCGUCUACCAGGACGUGACCGGCAAGGCCGAGGAGAAGGCCGUCGCCCUGGGCGUCGCCAUCGGCUCCGGCUACCUGUACAAGACCACCUUUGAGAAGGAGGUCUACUCCGACCUGUACGGUGAGCGUGGCUGCCUGAUGGGCGGCAUCCACGGCAUGUUCCUCGCCCAGUACGAGGUCCUCCGUGAGCGCGGCCACAGCCCCAGCGAGGCCUUCAACGAGACCGUCGAGGAGGCCACCCAGAGCCUGUACCCUCUGAUUGGCGCCAACGGCAUGGACUGGAUGUUCGAGGCCUGCUCCACCACCGCCCGCCGCGGUGCCAUUGACUGGACCCCCAAGUUCAAGGACGCCCUGAAGCCCGUCUUCAACAGCCUGUACGACAGCGUCAAGGAUGGCUCCGAGACUAAGCGAUCGCUCGAGUACAACAGCCAGCCCGACUACCGCCAGAAGUACGAGGCUGAGCUGGAGGAGAUUCGCAACCUGGAGAUCUGGAGAGCCGGCAAGGCCGUUCGCUCCCUGCGACCCGAGAACCAGAAAUAAGCCGAUAUAAGUGAAGCUGGUUGGGUGGUGUUGAGAGGGCAUUCCUUCGGGAUGAGACGGUUGAUAUCUCUUUAUUUUCUUCCUGUACUUUGCAUAUGGAUACUCGGCAC